AUGAUCGUUGCACCAGCCCAUGAAGCUUCGAUGCAAGAGGCUGAUCCCGUCUCCUGGAUCGACGGCACGGAGACAUUCUUUGAGUUCUACUCCCUCAACACCGUUGCCUGGUACAUGCCACCCUGUCCACGUACACGUCGUUUCUGUAUCGUGCGUGACAACGCCUCCUCCCUGCCGUCUUCUUCUGCCGCCAGCAGUUCGCCUCUCGCGGCAACUGGAGCAACAUUGCCCGGCGGACAGGCAGGCGGUGUUGCCACGAGUACCGACCUCGGAGGCGCUGUCUCGCGAAGCAACGCUGCGUCUGCUGCGUCGGUAAUGGUACUCGAUCUGCCCCCCGCAGUGGCAGAGGCUCCCAACAGAGCCGCCAUCAUCGGCUUGACAGCGCCAGCCUCGACUGGCGUCGGCGUAGAGGUAGAACACGAAUUCAUAGUGCCACAUUCACGUAUCAUCCUUCGCAUUGUCGUCGCCUCAUACAAACAGGCCGCCGCAGCCGCAGGAGUGGAGCAGGCAAGCAGAGCCAAUUGGCGUCGACGACGACGUCAACUGCGUCGUCUACGUCGGUCCGACAGACAAGCGGAGCGUGUCUGGGACGUGAGGAGUAUGCUGCCCAGUUUCACGAUUGCCAUCACGGUGCUGACGAAGAAUACACAAGGUGCGUUGCUACCCAAUUCACCUUGGAGACGAUACAGUAUCAUCAGGCUAGCUGGAAAUAGGUGGUUUAGGAGAUAA